CAUGACAUGAACAGAUCGCAGAGCCUCGAACUGCACAACGCCAUCGACGCGGCCGCAUAUUUCAAGGACAACCGCCACCAGCAUGGCGCAGCUUGACCACCUCGCCGGCCAGAUGAGCUUUCUGACCGACGCGGCGCAUCUGCUGGCCAAGUCGGCCCCCGAGACGUCGGCCUAUUUGAUGAGCCGGCGCAACGCGCUGCUUCUGUGCCACGACAUUCCUCUCUCAGACGUGCAAAGGCAGCACGUGUGCGCAAGCUGCGGCCAUAUAAUCGUCCCCGGCCACGGAGACGCGCUAAAGGUGGAGGCGGCGGCGGCGGUACGGUCCAAGAGGAAGUCCCGUCAACGGCAAACCCCCAAUGCGCCAGCACCUCUGCCAGCUGGGCUCGGUGCAGGCAGCAAGGAGCGGCAGGGCUCUUCAAAGAAGUAUACCUGCGGUAUGUGUCAUCGGUACACCACCAUCACUCUUCCGCCUGCACCCGUCGUCGUGCGGAGGAGACAAAAUGUGGCAGCAGCGUCAGCAGCAGCUUCGUCGUCAAAGCCGACGACUGGGAAUGCAGAGGUGGAAAAGACCCAGCCGUCGGCAAACUCGAGCAGCAAGAAGCGGGCAAAGAGCCGCAAGGCAGGGCUCCAGGCCUUGCUGAGCCAGGCACAAAAAGAUAACGUCAAAAAACCGGGCCUGUCGUUGGCAGACUUUAUGAAAAAAUGAUGCGGAGGAGAUUGGCCAUAUCGUGUGUCGCCCCAUCUCGAUUUCCUGACAAGCGCCGGGAUGGGCCAGACGGCUACCUUGGUUGGUCGGAGUUUUAGGCCUUGUUGGGCGCUUCCGCCACCUGGGCGCGCAGAUUGCAACACAAGCGACUGGGCUCGCCGGCAGUUCGCACGCGAUGCCCGACGGCAGGGGUCUGGAGCGCUCACGCCACUGCAUGUGUUGGCGGCAGCCGGCUCGACCGAUGCGAGAAGCAGCACCGCAGCGAGUGCCCUUUCUCGGAUCGACGUCGGACACUCUCCAAUGCCAGUCAGACUCGCUCGGAGUUAACAGGCCGCAAGGGGUAUUUUUGGACGGAAAGUCCGUGGAUCUCGCGACGGCGAUCGCACUCUACGACCCAAUGAGAUGCGCCACUGUGCAUGGCCUCACUAGCAUAGGGGUGCUGACCCCUGGUUCCCGCGCCUCCGCCAAUCUUGCGCCCCUCCUGGGUUCUUCUGACCUGAGAUGUUUGGAUUCGGAUCCUUCUGUGGCUGGGCGUGCAGGCAGAUGUCGGGAUCAAAGGCGCAGUCCGUGUGGUCCCUCCCCAGAUUUUUUUUUUCUCCCAUCGGUGUCCUUGCUGUCUCAUACCGGGUUUCACCACGCCAACCGCUGGUGAUAAUCAGCAUCCUUGGAUACUAAAUUGUGGCUCUCAGUGUUUUCUUUGGGUUUGGAAUAGGCAAGAUCGACUUUUUUUCACGUCUGCAAAUCAGUUGGAUAGCUGCCGGCAAAAGUACAGCCUGGCCUGGCCAGUACCUAUUGGGACACUCUCCCCUUACGAGUGAGGCCCAACGGUCGAAACCCACCACCCGUCCCUUUGGACAUAAUCGAACGAAGGAGGAAACAAAGACACCCAGCUAGGAGGAGAGGGCAGCAAAUCAGCCAAGAUGACGGCACCAGACCCUGUGGCGUAUUUCGGCAACUGGCAGUUCUCGACCAACACGUCCAAGUUCGCAUGCCCCGGCAUGGACAACGCGCCGUGCCGGCCGCCCACCAGCGCCGGCGCAAGCGACGGCGUCAGCGCCUGCGCGACCGACCCCAAUACGGGCCAGCAGUACUGCUGCGACGGCCCGCCGAGCCGCGGGCGCGUCUGCUGGGGGUUCGAGUCCCCCUGCAAGUCGGACGGCUCGACCAUCAACUGCACCGACGGCCAGCGCCGGUUCUGCUGCCGCGCCGGCUUCGAGAAGUGCAGCGAGACGCCGGGCCAGGCUGCCGGCAUCUGCUGGAGCACCCACCACGACCCGCUCAACAACGUCAGCUACAACCACCUCAACAGCAUCUACCGCAGCCUCAGCUCCAGCCGGCCCAGUGCCACCUCGCUGCCCUUUGACCUGCUAUCCGUCGUGAGCGCGACCGCAACCGCGCCCUUUGCCACCACCUCGGGCCCCGCCAAGACGGCGUCAUCCACGGGCGGCACCGGCACGUCCACCCCUCCGCCGCCGCCCGCGGACCCGGCCAGGUCUUCUUCGUCGAGCAUCUCGGGCGGCGCCAUCGCGGGCAUCGUCGUCGGCGCCGUGGCCGGCGUCGCGCUAAUCGGCCUCGUCGUCUUCUUCAUCCUCAGGAGGCGCAGGGCGGCCGCGCAUGCGUACGAGGCGCCGCCGGACGGGGCUGGCUCCGCGGCGGGCGCGAACGAGAAGCACGGCGCGGGGUCGUCGCCGGUCGAGGUGCCGGCGAACUCGGCAGCGGCGGCGGAGGUGGCCGGGGGCGACGGGUCCUUUUACGGAAAGCCCGGGGCGCCGCCGCAAGAGCUCGGCACCGACGCGCACUCGCGGUCCGAGCUGCCGGGCCAGACGCCCCAGGUCCAGGAGCUCCCCGCCAGCCCCGUGCCGACCGCGGGUGUCUCGACCAUGACCACGCCCAGCCAAUACCACCCCAGCCCGUUUACGGAACCCAGGAGUCCGCCUUCAUGAUGGGGGGUGAUGGGGAGGGUGGGCGAAUGGUUGUUUAUUGGAUUUCUGUCGAGGUGCGGUUAUGUACAUGUCUUGAUACCGCACUCGGGGCAUCAUGCCUCUUAUUUUCUCUUCAUCGUAGAAUAAUUUUAUCAUGCUUCCCUGUUAAGAGUAUUUGGUGAGUGUAUCUGAUCUGC